CACACUUUAAGCGCUCGUGACGCCGCCGCCGCCACCAUGCGCAUCCACACGUGCUACUUCUGCUCGUCGCCAGUGUACCCUGGGCACGGAAUGACAUUCGUGCGCAAUGACAGCAAAGUGUUCCGCUUCUGCCGGUCCAAGUGCCAUCGUAACUUCAACCGCAAGCGCAACCCGCGCAAGGUGAAGUGGACCAAGGCGUUCCGCAAGGCCGCGGGCAAAGAAAUGGCCCUCGACUCGACAUUCGAGUUCGAGAAGGUGCGCAACCGUGCUGUCAAAUACGACCGCGACUUGGUCGGUGCCACCCUCCACGCGAUUGCCCGUGUGAACCAGAUCAAGGAGAAGCGCGAAGCCGCGUUCUACAAGAACCGCAUGAAGGACAGCAAGGCCAAACAAAAGGCCCAAGACUUGAAGGAACUCGAAACCAACAUCAGCUUGAUCAAACCCGACGUCGUUCGCGUCCGGGAAGCCAACCAACUCAACGCACAAGACAUGGAACGACAAACAAAUGUGGUCGGCGGCGACGACGGCGCAGACAUGGACGAGUAAAUGGAAAGUUUUGGUUGACGACAGUAUGCUUAAUAUAUUCUAUUCCCUUCCGGCAA